CAUCCAUUGAAAGAAUGAGGCUUGCACACUGAAAGUUUCAGUGGAUGCCAUUGGAUGGUCGGGACGCCCACUGAACCAGGAUGCCCAAAGCGGGCGUGGCGUGAGUGCGCGGAGUUUGGAUGAGAAGGGUCCCCGUCAGCCGUCAGGGAGGAAUAUUGUUCGCUGUUGCGGUCAACGACGACGACGACGUUUCUCUCUUCCCCGCUCUCUCCUCCUCGUCCUCCUCUCCGUUCCUUCUCCCUUCCUGUCUUUUCUUCCACGACACUCCUUCAAUCGUUACGUUAAGCACGCCGAAAACCCAAGCAAAGCACCAAAAUGGCUUUCAAGAAGUUCCGUCUUGGCCAUCCCGCUGUAAGCCAACACCGCAAAUCUCGACGUGACGCCAGUGCUUGCACAACGGGUGGGUUCUACAAGUCACCCACAGGCGGUCAGACUGUCCAGGCCGGGCAGCCGCUCAACAUCAGCUGGGAUACAUCAUGCAUGUCAACCGAUGGUAUUGACAUCUACCUCUACAAUCCCUCUGCUGCCAACCCCCGUAUUCACCUUUGGGAGAAUGUCAACUUCGCCCUUGGUUCUUAUGAGACUAGUCUCAAGGCUUCAUGGUGGAAUGCGACCUCGAGCGCAUCUCUCCAGUUCACUAUGAUUCCCCAUGGGACCCCCCUCUUCAUGGCCACCCUGCCCGCUGGACCUCUGUUUACUGCUACUUACUCGCAAAAUUCCGACGUCUCCGGUGCUGCAUCAGAUGAUGCCGCUGUUGGCGCGGUUGAACAAGUCAACAACUUUGAGAAAGAUAACAGCCUGUCGAAGGGCAAGAUCGCCGCUGCUGUCCUCAUCCCUCUCCUGGUUGUCAUCGCUCUAAUUGUCGGCGCAUACAUCAAGAUCAAUCGUAAGAAGGGGAAAGAACAUCGCAAGCAAUGGAGCGAAGCCAUCGACAAGCGCAUGUCUACUAUUUCCGCGGAUUGGAAGUCCAUCUCUCCCGCGGGUGCCCAAGCUGCCAUUCGCAACAGCAUGGCCGUCUCUGCAGAUGCCAACAACCGUGCAUCAUCAUUCUCAUUUGGCGCUAUUCGUCCUAUCAGCACUGUCGCUGUAGAGGGAGGGCAAGCAGGUAUCGGCGCUGGGGGCAUGUACGCUCAAAGCGGAAUCGACACCACGACUCCACAGAUGAGUCAACUUCGUCCUGGCUUGCGCAACCCUACCAACGGCGGCGAGCGAGUCUCUCGUAUUUCGUUCGCUGCAGAUACCCGUCCUUCUGCGGAGUCACGUAGAAGCAUUUACAACCGCAACAGCCGUGCCAGUCGUGCGUUCCACACCGGUCAUGUUCCGCCUCUCCCGGCACGCCAGGAUUCCAAUGACUUGUUGUCGCCCACUCAGACUGCCGGACCAUUCUCUCUCACUGCAGACGAUAUCAACGCUCGCAUGAGCGGUCUUGAGCCUGCUCCUCGUCCUAGCGUCGAUGAAAUGAUGCCGGCGCUUUCUAGUGAUGAUGCGCACCGGCGGUCAAGGGACAUCAGGCAACGAUGAUCUCCUCUUCCAACCGAAAUCUCCCUUGCCCUCACCUCCCGCGCCAGUUGUUGCCAAGUCAUCAGUCGUUGGUAUGAUGCCUAUGCAACCCAUGCCCGCCAACAUGAUGUCACCCGAUGACAUGCUUCGUGCCUACGCCGAACGCCGCAACGUCGCCAGCCCUCCGCCCAUGAACGGACCUACCGUCCCUGCUCCUGCAGCUCAGUACAACGGUAAUGGCAUGCGUGUGCUCUACUCUCCAACUACUCCCGACUCGUCCGCUGGGUUGAUGUCCGAGGCCGAGAGGAAGAGCGCGGCACCAACCGUCGCCAGCAGGUACGAUGACGACGACGCGUAUGUUGGCACCGCCGCAUAGACGUCUCCCCAUGGAACGUCUGAAGACCUCAGUGGUUGUGUAAUGGUGCUGGCUUCCUCGUAGGACGCGCUCACUCUAUCUAUGUGGAGAUAAUAUGGCGAGCCUGUUGUGUGUUGUGUGAAUACAUCCCAAAUACUCUUCUUCCCCCUCGGUGUCCGGUUCUUAUCCUUAAACUCCCCGUGUUCGUGGUAUGACUCCAAAUUCGCGUCGUGGUUUCGCUUUCCCUCUUCCCUCUCAAAGUAUGUAACUGGCCCCCCUACUGAUACGAUCUUGUUCAAUCCCUUUGGUUUUCUUGACCUACUCUUGACUUUCUUGCGAGACGCUGUUUAUAUCUUUUUUUUUCCCUUCAGCUCAUGAUCGCCCCUCUUGUAUACCCAAGCCCAUAUUAUUUAUCACUUUGUGUGACCCUUUUCCCUCCCAAUCCUACGCUUGUCACUGUCUCCAGUCUACUGUCAUACGUUUACACUUCUGCGUAUGGACGUAGAAUGUCAACGUCGAAGACGGCAUUCGCGGAUACCUCCUUCAAAUUGUUUUUUGAACCCCUCCCCUUAGUAUGAUAGACUUCACGCUUCACACAUCGUAUCGUAUCGAUUACGCGAGCGUCGUCGCUGGUACGUCCUUAACAUUCAACUCCCCUCUUCCCUGGUCGUGCGUUGCUUGCAUACACACGCUUUCCACUCCGUAUCCACCAAGAUGGGCGGGUCUUUGAUAUCUCCAUUUGGUCUUCCCUUUAUUGGUACCCAUUGUGACUACCUGUAUUGUUUCGUACCUAUCAUACAUUGUGUACUUUUGAAUUCCAGUUGGUCUGCGCCUCCAUUUAUUCUCUUGUAGUU